AAACUCGAAAACCAAGGCGCCCAGGGUUGUGUGGGGGUUCCGCGCUGCGUCCUGCGGGGUUCCAUGGGUCCUGCACGGCCUCAGGCCUGAAUCGCCGGUCCAGCUGCUCCAGGUCAUCAGUUUGCCCCGUCAUUGGCUAAGGUGGUAUUCUUUACAUUAUAAAGCUCGAUGGAACUCGUGACGGCUCUGGUGAACCUCCAAGAGGAGUCUAGUUGUCCCAUCUGUCUGGAGUACUUGAAAGACCCAGUGACCAUCAACUGUGGGCACAACUUCUGUCGCUCCUGCCUCAAUGUAUCCUGGAAGGAUCUAGAUGAUACCUUUCCCUGUCCUGUCUGCCGUUUUUGCUUUCCAUACAAGAGCUUCAGGAGGAACCCCCAGCUCCGUAAUUUGACUGAAAUUGCUAAACAACUCCAUAUUAGGAGGAGCAAGAGAAAGAGGCAGAAAGAGAAUGCCGUGUGUGAAAAACACAAUCAGUUUCUGACCCUCUUCUGUUUGAAGGAUCUAGAGAUCUUAUGUACACAGUGCAGCUUCUCCACUAAACACCAGAAGCACUACAUUUGCCCUGUUAAGAAAGCUGCGUCUUAUCACAGAGAAAUUCUAGAAGGUAGCAUUGAGCCCUUGAAAAAUAAUAUACAACGAGUUGAAAAAGUGAUAAUUCUGCAAGGCAGCAAAUCAGUGGAGCUGAAAAAGAAGGUAGAAUAUAAGAGGGAAGAAAUAAAUUCUGAGUUUGAGCAAAUUAGAUUGUUUUUACAGAACGAGCAAGAGACUAUUCUUAGGCAGAUACAAGAUGAAGAGAUGAACAUUUUAGAAAAACUAAAUGAAAACCUUGUAAAAUUUUCAGAUUAUGUUUCCACGUUAAAACAUCUACUGAGGGAGGUAGAGGGCAAGUCUGUGCAGUCAAACUUGGAAUUACUGACACAUGUUAAGAGUGUGCACCACAGUUAUCAAAAUCUAAAACGUCCUGAACUCUUUUCAUUCAGAUUAACAAAAUAUGGUUUCAGUCUUCCUCCACAAUAUUCUGGCUUGGACAGAAUUAUCAAGCCAUUUCAAGUAGAUGUGAUCCUAGAUCUUGACACAGCACAUCCUCAACUUAUUGUCUCUGAGGAUAGAAAAGCUGUGCGAUAUGGAAGAACAAAACCAAACAUUUGUUAUAACCCAAAGAGAUUUUAUGUCUGCCCUGCUGUCCUAGGCUCUCAACGAUUUAGUUCUGGCCGACAUUACUGGGAAGUAGAAGUGGGAAACAAACCUAAAUGGAUAUUGGGUGUGUGUCAAGCCUGUCUUCUUAGGAACUGGCAGGAUCAGCCAUCAGUUCUGGGUGGAUUCUGGGCAAUUGGGCGAUACAUGAAGAGUGGUUAUGUUGCGUCAGGUCCUAAGACAACCCAGCUUCUGCCAGUAGUAAAACCCAGUAAGAUUGGUAUUUUUCUGGACUAUGAAUUGGGCGAUCUUUCCUUUUAUAAUAUGAAUGAUAGAUCUGUUCUCUAUACUUUUAAUGAUUCUUUCACAGAAGCCCUUUGGCCUUAUUUCUAUACUGGAACAGAUUCCGAACCUCUUAAAAUCUGCUCAGUAUCAGAUUCUGAAAGAUAAGGAAUUGGUAAAUGAGUCUGUUUCAGUUUUUGUAGGUAACUUAGCCAGUAAAUUUAAUCUCAUUUCUGGAAUCUUUUAAGUUUUACCACUGAAAACCAGAGUUGAUUUUUCUCCUAAAUUUUUGGCAACUAUAAAAAGAUGUUCAUAAUGCCACUUUCAUAUAUUUAGUCUAUGAAUAUCAAUUGUCAAGUGCUUUGAUUUCUAAGAUAAAAUAUUUUAGAAUUAUGUUACUUAACAUGUCUAAUAAAAUGUUUUCAAAUUGCCUAUAA